UCACAUCCUGGGUUGCGGUUCUGUAGGGACAAACAAAAUAGGCUAAUUACACACACAUCUUUGUUAUAUUUAGGACAUUUAUAUUGUACAUUGUUUGAUAAAAAAGUAUGGCAGAUGACGAUUUUGAUGGAGACGAAGUAGCAGAUGACUUUGAUGAUGUCGAUGAUGAUGACAACAUUGAGUUAGAGCCUCAAGAAGAAGAUGGAGAGAAUAUAGAACUGUUGGCUGCUGGUGAAGCUACUGGUGGAGUGCAAAGGUCAAAACGGAUUACAACAAGAUACAUGACAAAGUAUGAGCGGGCAAGAGUGUUAGGGACAAGGGCAUUACAGAUAGCCAUGUGUGCUCCAGUAAUGGUAGAGUUGGAAGGAGAAACAGAUCCAUUACAAAUUGCAAUGAAAGAAUUAAAGCAGAGGAAAAUUCCAAUAGUCAUAAGACGUUAUUUACCUGACAACAGUUAUGAAGAUUGGGGCAUAGAUGAAUUAAUAAUCAUAGAUCAUUAAGCUUUAAUUUACUCCUGCACAUUUCAGCUAUAGCAGUUUAAAAUAAUUUAAGAAGCAUUGAAAUAUAUUGUAUCAAUAAUAUUUCAAUUGUUGUAA